AUGGCACCCAUACCCGGUAUCCUGUAUGUUACAAUGCAGCCUCAAGAAUCUCUUCCAGAUUCUCAAUGGCACGACUGGUACAAUAAUGAACAUGGACCUCUCCGAUUACGUCUUCCCUUCAUCACAAACGGUUUCCGCUACCGCGCAAGCGACUUGUCUGCUGCGAAGCCAGCCUCUACAUCUCAUCCAGAAUGGAUGGCCAUUUACGAUGUCACAGAUAUGGCAGCCAUGAACACCGAUACCUAUCUUCGACUCCGCGGACCCGAAGUAAAGACUGAUAGGGAAAAGGAAACAAUGGCACAGAUUAAGAUAGACAGGAAAUUGUAUGAUUACAUUAGUGGCAAGGAAAUUGACGGAUAUAAGAAAGUGGAGGAAGUGGGGUAUGAUGAGGGGAAUUACGUGGUGACUUCUACAGCAGAAGUCAAGGAGGAAUUUGAUGAAGAAUUCAACAAGUGGAUGGAAGAAGAGCAUUUAUCAAUGAUUGCGAAAAUUCCAGGCUGGAGACGUACAAGACGCUUUGUUACAAGCAGUAUCUUGGGAGGCAAAGAAGGAAAGGAGUAUUUGAAUGUCACUGAAUUCGCUCCUCAAAACGAUGCAUUUGGGGAAGCAUUCAAAGCUGUUGGUUCGACAGAAUGGGCCAAGAAGCUCACAUCGACGGCUUUGAAUUCCUUUAAUUCUAGGCAAUACAAUUUAUACUAUACGUUCGGCGCCGCACCCCGAGAUAUCUCUAACUUUUCAAAAUCCUAUUCGACGAAUUGGACAUCGAUUGACGGGAAAACAAGCACUGGACCAAAUACCAUUGCUGAAGGGGGAGCCAUCGAGUCCUACAUAACAACAAAAGAUGGAGUUGAUCUUGCAUACCGACUUGAAGGAUCUUCUGACCCAGCUGCUCCCCUUAUCAUCCUCAGCAAUUCCAUCCUCGUAAACUAUUCUAUCUGGACACCGUUCAUCCAAGCAUUCCUUGCGUCACCCACUGGCAAAGGUUACCGCAUUCUCCGCUACAACUCCCGUGGACGCACAUCAAACACCGGCUCUUUACCCGUCACCGUUGAUCUUCUCGCUUCCGACAUCAUCCAUAUCUUAGAUACCCUGCGUGUUCCCAAAGCAGCUUGUCUAAUCGGUGUCUCCCUCGGUGGUGUCACCGUUCUCAAUACUGCACUCAAAUACCCCCACCGUGUUAAUGCUUUUAUAUCCUGCGAUACAAAUGCCUAUGCUCCUCCUUCCAACCCCAAAGCCUGGGAUGAGCGCAUCGCCAUGUCUGCCGCCGAAUCUGCCAAAUCGUCCAACGAUGAACAGAUCGUAGGCUCAGAAUUGGCGGAGGUUACAACUCGCAGAUGGUUCGUAGCAGAAAAUUACGAGAAUGAAAUAUUGAAGAAAAGAUUCGAGGAUGUGAAGAAACAGGUUGAGGAAAAUAGUUUUGAGGGAUUCCAGAAAGGUGUAAAGGCUCUCUAUCAGUAUGAUAUCAGAGAAGAGAUGAAGAAUCCAGGGGUUGAGAAGGCGUUAUUUGUGGUUGGUGGUAGUGAUGGUGUUUUACCAAAGACAAUGAAAGAGAUGGCGGGCAAUUAUGGAAAGGGCGUUGAGUGUAAGGUUAUUGAGGGAGCGGGACAUUUACCGAUGGUCGAGAAGCCAGAGGAGUUUGCUAAUGUUCUAUCUACAUUUUUGGGUUAG